AUGCACAGACGGCGACCAGGUCUGGGCUUGGCUGUCACUCUGCUGCUCGUGUACCUCGCAGGAUUCUUGUCGGCACCUUUUGUGAACGUGUCCUCUGAAGUAGCCUCGAGUGCAUCGAGCUCUCUGGCCCGACGAGCCGCAGAAAAGAGGCCGCCACCGCGGGAUAUGGAAACAAGUCUCAGUCCAGAGGAUACUUAUGAGAUGCCCCGGACUCCGGAGGAGGAGAAGAAGAUGAACUAUUGGAAGAGCGACUUUGAUGAUCUUCCGGCAGAGGAGAAGCUUAGGAGCCCGCUCGUGGUUCUUGGCUUUUUUGUCUUCUUGACACCCUUCAUUGGCGGGUUCUUUCUCUUGGCCACUGGUGGAGGCUCAGAUGACUGA